CAUGUGUGUUUGAAUGCCAGAGAGAGAGAGAGAGAGAGAGAGAGAGAGACCAGUACUAGGCUGAAGGCAUGAGAGUCAAGAGCAUGCAGUUAUACAGGAGCCACAACGGAGACUGAGACAUCGGCUCCGACAAGCCUGUAACAAAGACCAGCAGGAGAAACAAACAACGUUGGGACGCAUAGACUGUCUUCACACAGCUGCAGGUGCACCAGUGACACAGACAGCCUUGUUGUAGAGGAGCAGAAGAAGAGAAAAGAAACCACUAGCUAUGGGGCCCAGAGCUUGGUGCCUGUUUGUCCUGCUUGGGCUGUCCGUCUGGGGCAGCAGUGAGGGCCUCAGAUCCCCCAUCCUGACCCGGAGACGGAGGUACCUGGAGGACAAAGGAGAACCACCCAAAAAGUGCUCGUAUACCUUCCUGGUCCCUGAGCAGAAGAUCACAGGGCCAAUCUGCACCAGCCGGGGCCUACACACGGACAAGGACCGAGUGACCCGCCUAGACGUAGCGGCGGUGAGGGACCUGCUUUCCAAACAGAGACGGGAGAUGGAUACCCUGAAGCUGGUGGUGAACAUUGAUGGCAACAUGGUGAACGAGAUGAAGUUGCUGAGGAAGGAGAGCAGGAACAUGAACUCCAGGGUGACCCAGCUCUACAUGCAGCUGCUGCACGAGAUCAUCAGGAAGAGAGACAACUCUCUGGAGCUGGCUCAGCUGGAGGGGCGCAUUCUCAACGCCACAGCAGAGUCCCUACGCCUGGCCGCCCGCUACCGUGACCUAGAGGUCCGAUACGCUGCGCUCUCCGCCGUGGUCAACAGCCAGUCAGUUCUGGUUGGUGCCCUGGAAGAGCGCUGUCUGCAGGUGUACGGCCGGCGGCAGGAGCAGUCUCCUCAGGGCCCACCACUGGUGCAGGUGGUGCCAGAGAACAUACCGGUUAGCAUCCCAAGAUUUACCAACGAGAUCCAGAGGGACCACGGCCGGGCAUUUCCCAGAAACAGGGGCUCCCAAGCAGGGCCAGUACCCACAGGAAGCACCCUGGAGCUCCAGAAGGCUCCGCAGGGCAACUUCAGUGCAGAGGGUCCUUUCAGGGACUGUCUCCAGGCCCAGGAGGCUGGCCAUGGCACCAGCGGUAUGUACCUGCUGAAACCUGGCGAAGCGGAGAGGCCCAUGCAGGUGUGGUGUGAGCAGGGCCUGGACAACGGAGGCUGGACCGUCAUCCAGAGCAGGAGGGAUGGCUCUGUCAACUUCUUCAGGAACUGGGACGCCUACAAGAAUGGAUUCGGCAACAUAGAUGGGGAGUACUGGCUGGGGCUGCUGGGGAUCUACAAUUUAGGGAAGCAGGGAGACUACAGACUUCUAGUGGAGCUGGAGGACUGGGUGGGGAAGAAGGUGUAUGCUGAUUACAGCAGCUUCCACCUGGAGCAUGAGAACGAGGGCUACCGCCUGAGGUUGGGCACCUACCAGGGAAACGCUGGCGACUCACUCAGCAGCCACAACGGCAAGCAGUUCACCACACUGGACAGAGACAAGGAUGCCUUCUCAGGUAACUGUGCACACUUCCUUAAGGGAGGCUGGUGGUACAACUCCUGUGGCCAGGCCAAUCUGAAUGGUGUUUGGUACACUGGCGGUGUCUACCGCAGCAAGUUCCAGGACGGAAUUUUCUGGGCAGACUACGGCGGAGGAUUCUACUCUAUGAAGGGAGUGCGCAUGAUGAUUAGACCUAUAGACUGAGACUACAGAGGGAGAGACAUGACCAUCCUAUCCCUCAACCAACACAUGUACACUAUUGCCUAUCUCAGACCUACUCACUCACCAGAGAUUGAGUACAAACAUUGUCUGACCUCAUUGUGGUGAUGGUAAAGUAUUAAAGUAUUACUACUAAUGUCUGGGCCUUACUGUCAGCACUAGACUUAGAGCCAAGGAGUGCCAGACCUUUCAGUUACCAUGGAGAGCAAAACAACUGGCCAUAUGGUAUGGAAUUGAAAUCUGUGUAUGUUGCUAGAGGUAAAAGCUUGCCUAUUUUAGAGGCGUGUAAAUAUCUUUACAUGUCAUAAUAACAUCUUAUGUAAGCAUUCAAUCUACUUUGUUUCAACUUCUCCAUCUUGAAAUGCUUUAUCAUUUGCAUCCCUUGAGAUGUUUUUUCAUGUAUUUGAAAUAAACCAGGGAGAAGCUGCAAAUUAUCCUAUAGAAAACA